CUCUAGAAGGAAAACCAGCAAUCUAAUACUUGAAGAACUAAGUAUAAUGAGUGCGGCUAGUACAAGUGCAAAUUCUAGUGCUGAAGGAGCCAAACGAAAAAUUCCUUUAAGGAUUUCAAAAGAACAACCUGAUUCUGGAAAUGCAAUUGCAAAUAAUUCAAAUAAUAUUAAUGGAAUUUCUUUACUUAACAAUAGUUCAUCAUAUGAAAAGGAGUUUCACUGA